AUGAACGAUCCAGGUAUAAAGAAAUGUGAUCCAUGCUUUAUGGAUCUGAUUCCUGGCAUGUCCAGAAAUGUGGCUCUUAUCGUUCCAGGUAUGUUAAGAGUUGUGUCUAUGAUCGAUCCAGGCAUCAAGAGUUUUAUGGUUCUGGUCGAUCCAGUCAUCAAGAGAAGUGACUCUAAUGACCCAGGCAUGUCAAGAUAUGUAGCUAUGAUCAAUCCAGGCAUAUCCAGAGUUUGGGCUUUGAUCGAUCCAGGCAUGUCAAAACAUGUGGCUCUGAUCCAACCAGGCACGUCAAGAGAUGUGCUUAGAUCAAUCCAGUCAACAGUUGUGGCUCUGAUCAAUCUCGUCAAUAAGAGAUGUGGCUCUGAUCAAUCUCGUCAAUAA